CCUAUUAUUCACAAAUAUUAUCAGUCGGGAGACCUCAUCAUUGCUGGCAUUAUUUCUCAGAUCUACAUAUCUUCAAGCACUAUAUCCUUUGAAAAACACCCAGCUCAAGAACUUUCUGAUGAACACAUGGUCCUGACUCAGAACUACCAGCACAUCCUGGCCUUGGCAUUUGCUGUGAAGGAGAUCAAUGCAAACACCCAAAUCUUGCGCAAUGUCACCCUUGGAUUCCACAUCUAUAACAGUCAUUUCAGUGCCAGCUGGACCUAUCAAGCCUCCAUCGAACUACUCUCCAGACGGGCCAAGUUCAUCCCUAACUACAAGUGUGAUGUUGAGAAUACUCCAGUAGGAGUCAUCGGGGGCCCAAACUCUGAUAUCUGUCUUCACAUGGCAACUAUCCUGUGCAUGUACAAGAUGCCACAACUCAUAUAUGGCUCUUCUCCAGUCAUGAAUGACGAAACUCAAGCGGUUUUCUUCCACCAGAUGUUCCCAAAUGGUGCCUUUCAUUACAAGGGAAUUCUCCACCUACUUCUGCAUUUCUCAUGGACAUGGAUUGGAGUUGUUUCCCAGGUUGAUAACAAUACAGAGAGGUUUACAGAGAUCAUAAUUCCUCUGCUUUCCCAGGGUGGCAUCUGCUUUGACUUCAUAGAAAAAAUCCCCAAAAUAACUUCUUCCAGUGGCUUUGGAGACAUGGUAGGAGAGGGUUUAAAGACACUAAAUGUUAUUAUGUCAAGUACUGCCCAUGUUGUGCUUCUGCAUGGAGAAAUUCAGACCAUGACGCUUUUUAGAGUAAUGCCCCCAAUUGCAGAAAUGGGGAAUAUGCCAUUGAUGACAAGAGCUAUAAUUUGGGUUAUGACAGCCCAGAUGGAUUUCACAUCCUUCCCCUUCCUAAGAAAUUGGGACAUAGAUUAUCUCCAUGGUGCUUUGUCCCUUUUAAUUCAUUCAAAGGAGGUGCUACAUUUCCACACAUUUCUUCAGAACAGAACCCCUGCUUCAGAAGAAGAAGAUGGCUUCAUCAGGGAGUUCUGGGAAGAAUCAUUUGAGUGUUCAUUUCCCAGUUCUGCAGCACACAAGAUGGACAGGAAAAGGUGUUCUGGGAAUGAGAGGCUGGAGAUGCUUCCUGUUUCUGUGUUUGAAAUGGGCAUGACUGCUCAUAGUUACAGCGUCUACAAUGCAGUCUAUGCAAUAGCACACAGUGUGCAUGCCAGCUAUUUAUCACAAUUCAAAUACAAAGGAAUGUCAUAUGGUGGAAGGUGGAAGCUUCUGAAAGCACAACAGUGGCAGCUCCACCACAUUCUCAGAAGUAUUUCAUUUAACAGCAGUGUGGGGGAAAUGGUGUCCUUUGAUCAAAAUGGGGAAUUGGCUGCUGGCUUUGACAUUAUAAACUGGGUCACAUUCCCAAACCAGACCUUCUUCAGAGUUAAAGUUGGAAAGAUAGACCCUCUGACUCUCCAAGAUAAGAAAGAUGCUGUGACCUCCCUGGACAAAGUCUUUACCAUUCAUGAGGAUCUCAUCUUAUGGCCCAAACAGUUUAACCAGUCACAGCCACUUUCCAUGUGCAAUGACCACUGCCAUCCAGGUUAUAGUAGGACCAAGAAAGAAGGGGAACCAUUUUGCUGCUACGAUUGCUUUCCAUGUCCAGAGGGGAAGAUCUCAAACCAGAAAGACAUGGACGACUGUUUAGAAUGCCCUGGAGAUCAAUAUGCAAACAAUGAACAGGAUGGCUGCCUCCCCAAAGACAAAACAUUCUUGUCUUAUGGAGAACCAUUGGGGAUCAGUUUGGCCACAUUUUCCCUCUUCUUUUCCUUCAUCACAGCUUUGGUGCUUCAAAUAUUCAUGAAGCACAGAGAUACUCCCAUAGUUAAAGCCAACAACCGCAACCUAACUUAUAUUCUCCUCGUUUUCCUCUUGCUCUCCUUCCUUUGUGCUCUGCUCUUCAUCGGCCAGCCUGAGGAAGUGACCUGCCUCCUUCGACAAACUGCUUUUGGAAUGAUCUUCUCAGUGGCAAUUUCUUGCAUAUUGGCCAAAACUGCCAUUGUGGUUCUAGCUUUCAUGGCCACCAAGCCAGGGUCCCGAAUGAGGAAGUGGGUAGAGAAGCCAUUGGGCACAUCAAUUGUUUUUUCCUCCUUCCUUAUGCAAGUGACAAUUUGUACUGUGUGGCUGGCAACCUCUCCCCCAUUUCCAGACGUUGACAUGCACUCAAUGACUGAAGAAAUAAUACUAGAAUGUAAUGAAGGCUCCACUCUUAUGUUUUAUUGUGUCCUGGGAUUCAUGGGUUUGCUGGCCAUUGUGAGCUUCACGGUGGCUUUCCUAGCCAGGAAGCUGCCUGACAGUUUCAAUGAAGCCAAAUUCAUCACCUUCAGCAUGUUGGUCUUUUGUAGUGUGUGGCUCUCCUUCGUUCCAACCUACUUGAGCACCAAGGGCAAAUACAUGGUGGCUGUGGAGGUCUUCUCCAUCUUGGCCUCCAGUUUUGGGUUACUGGGCUGCAUCUUUUCCCCCAAGUGCUAUCUUAUUUUACUGAGGCCUGAGCUGAACAGCAGGGAGCAGCUAAUAAGAAGACAGUUUUAA